CAGACUCUACUCUAUUCACUCUCACAUCACUCUCACAUCCUCAUUGGUGCUGCAAGAUCAAAACAACCGCCAAGAUGAUGCCUAAACCACUGCUCCUCCUGGCUGCUUUGACUCUCUGCUGCUGCAUUGCAACUCUGCAUGCUUCUCCCAGGAAUGGGUGGUGUAGCUGCAUUCGGAUGGUCCCUAGAGUCAUCCCUCGUGGAGCCAUUAAGAAAAUUGAGGUGAUGCCAAUUUCAGGACGAUGCCGCCGGACUGAAAUCAUAGUCACCAGGAGGGAUGGCUACAGAGUUUGUGUUGAUCCAAAAGCGAAAUGGAUCAACGACAUGCUCACCAGUUUGCCAAGGACGGACUGUCUCUCAGGAGGGGCUCACUCUUGUGUUCAUCAGUUUUAGCGAUAAUGGUAAUAAAA